UAACUAAAAAAAGUCCCAUGUACCAGAUAAUGACUAUAGUAAUAUGGAGAACAGUCACACUUUAUGGCAGAGUUGUUUUGUUCUAAAACAUUAUCUGCACAUUAAAGUUAAUAACACAUCCAAUCAAGUGCGAUCAAGUGUCACCGGAGCGAUGAAAAUAGUAUAUUGUAUUUAAAUCUGUACUAUGCGUUUGGAGUCGUCUAACUGUCGAUUGAUCGCUAACAAGUACUGUCUAUCUUAGACUUCCAUGACCUACUUUUCUCUCUCCUUGGUCAUACAUGGUUUGCAAGGGUGAAAUGAGGCAUGCUUGUCCACUAGAUCUAAUUCUCAUUUGUCAAACUAUGCCAACACAUGAAAACAUUUAUUAUUUGUUUACAUUUCUCAGUGCAACUUUCAAAUAUUUCUUUUUUGCUUUGACCUCAAUUUGUCCGAAGGGCCGCCGGGUCGAACUUUUGCAGCCAGUACUUGUUCGCGCUGUUUAAAGACGGAAAGAAAGGUUGUAGUCUGAUUUCCGGUUAGCUCCUGUCCAUCUCGUUCUCUUCACGAGUCAAACGAAUGAUAUCAAAUCCGUGCAUUUAAAUGUUUGUCAUCCGUUAAGGUGUUUCUAUUUCAGUUCAGACAUUUCCGACAUUAAAUUAAAGAGGUUUACAGUUAAACGCAGAAAAUCCAGUAGCAAAUAGUUGGCAUAGCACAAGUUGAAAUCGGAAAGAAAAUCUUGUUAACUUUGAAGAGGGUGAGAACAGCUUUAAAACUUUUUUUUUAAACUGUAAUUGUUUGAUGUUCAGAUCAGAAUAAUUACCCCGCCGAUAACAACGAAAUACGAUAUCUCAAGAAAUGUUGACAUUGGUCCUACUCUUAUAUUGCUAACGUGCUAUCGGUCCUCUCAGUUUUCAAUUAUCGUUGAUUUUGCAUAGGACUACUUUAACAAGCUCACACUCAAGGGAUACGCAUUCUCUUACCCGCGGCAGUGUUGAGUAUAUUAUCGCUGGAAAUCACCGUGCUCUGGAUACAACUUCUGAACAAUUUCACAAUGACCACACCCUUGUUGCAUCUCCUGGUCAUUAUGGUCAGUGCAUCUCUGGUCAUUGCCUGCCAUCGUUAUAUCGCUGCAGACUCAAACUUUUAUGUCCACAAACACCCACAAGAACAUUAUUGUGAAGCAGACGUCGUUGUAAGAGGCCGAAUAUUAAGUUCUCGUCAAGUUCCCUACAACUCGUCAAAUGGUCAGUUGCUUGAGGAUAUCGGUGACGUCGAAUCUUUAAACGUAACAUUUGGACACUAUGACGUAAUCAAGAUGGGUACAAUAUUCAAGGUCGCAGUUAGAAACGUUUACAAGGGGUUCGAGUAUGUCGACGAAAACUCCGAAACAGAAGUCUUUACGACGGCCAACACAAACUUGAUGUCAAGAAAAAAGGCGCGAAAGACAUAUGUUCUGACAGGCUUUGUCCAUCGCUCUAGUAUCCCGAUGGAAUACAGUCAUUGUUCCUGGUUAUUCGAACGGGAUCAGAAUCCAUUUGUUGAAGGCUAUCUAAACUUCCUCAGCGGCUGCAGUUGGAUUGACGAAUGGAAGCGGCUUACACCCGAACAGCGACUGGCAAUCAGUCGCUAUUACAAAAGAAAUUGUGGAUGCGAGAUAGUUCGAUGUCACGGGAGACAGUGGGACCCACAUAGCUAUUGUUCUGGUGAUUUAAAGACGACAGCUAAUGGCCACGGAUGUACGAUGAAUCUGGUAAACGAGAUAUUUACAUUGAGCCGGCAGGUGUGUGUCCGACGGAAAGGGGAACCAUGCAGGUGGUUUACAGUGCCUACCAAGACGGAGCAAACAGAACAGGCGUGAGAGCGAAGCUCGGAAUAAACGUUAUGAACAAAAUAAACUUUAUGAACAUGAUAACAUGACAUUGUAUCAUUUCGAAAAUUCAUUCUGUGACAAACCAUCUCGAUUCCAAGCAAUUCAAGGCCACUCAAGAUAAACAUCACCAAAUAAAUGCUACAAUGAAAGUAAAAAACGUCGAUGAUGUAGUAUUUGACGUAUGCGUCUGUUAAUACAUUAACAUUAAAUG